AUGGAUGAUCCUGACCCCGAAACUUUUGGUCCUCUCGUGGCCAUUACGGCAGAGUCUCUCGUCCUUCUCGCUUCAAACAUUGCAAACCGAUGCCUGCAUCUACCAAACUCUAGUGGCAAGCUUGUUGCACGAAUUAGCGGCUCAUAUAACAUCACUCAUGUUGUUGAAUUGGAGAGUGUCAAGCUCGUGAUCCGGGUUCCUGCCACAGGCUGGGGUUCCGGAAUGACACCGCCUGCGGCACACGCCAUGGAAUCACAAGUUGCCACGAUACGCCUCAUUCGGAGCAAAACUACGAUUCCAGUGCCAGAGAUAUACGCCAUAGACACGACUGACAACAACGAGAUCGGUGCGCCGUACCUCUGCAUGAACUUUAUACCCGGGAAACUCGUGUCUGAGGUUUGGUUUGACCACUCAGGCACCUUGCCACGAGAAGAGUUGCGCUUGAGGAUCCUGACAAGCCUCUCACGGAUCAUGGCCCAGUUUUCCUGUCUGACUUUU